AUGGCAGAGGCUGCAACUCGACCUCCGCCGAAGGCCGUCAAGGACAAGAAAUGCCCGUAUUGUCACCAGGCGUUUACGUCUUCGUCUCUCGGCCGUCAUCUGGACCUCUACAUCCGGCCCAACAACCCCAAGGCCCCCGAUGGCAUCCACGAUGUCGAAGCCAUUCGGAAGUUGCGCGCCAAUAUUACCCGCAGACAGCCCAAGGGCUCCCGAAGGAACGCCUCCAUUUCAGGCACUCCCGCUGCUGCCACAGCGAGCAAGAGCGGUGAUGCCAACUCGUCUGCCCCGCGGUCUCCUUUGACCCUGAGGGAUUUGUCCAGGGAGAGUAGUGUAAUCUCAAGGGCCUAUGGCUCCAACAGCCUUUGGGACAUGACCGAUUUGGAAAAAGAAGGAGAUGGACGGUAUACGCGAGCUACGACGCCAACCCAACAACGUCGGCAGCUACUCAAGCUGCAAUUUGACAUCAGGCAGCAGCUCCAGGAUGCCAAGGACAGGGCAAAAGCUGCAGAACUCGCUCUCAGGGAGUUGGUUGCGUCUUUUCGAGCAGCUCAGUGCGUUUCCCCCGAUUUUCUUGCGCCACUUGUGUCGGGUCAUGCUGACCCAGAUGACAGACAGCAACUCGAGGCGCGCACGGGACCCUUCGACUUUGACCCUUUCUCGUUCGACUUUCCAGCCCUAACUCUUCAGUGUUUGGAUCCUCCACCUACUCUGUUUGCCUCUACCCAGCACUCGACACCCACCUCAUGGUCCAUCCAGCCGCCGAAUGAGGGCCAACUGGAGGCGCUGAGGACGUACUUCCGGGAACACUUCCGCCGCUGGAAGCUUGAACAGGCCACCAAGAUUGCAUCAGCAACUGAAGAGUUGGCAAACGCAUCGGCAGGCCAAACAGCGAAGCAUGACGCGAAGACUGAGGUCAGCAGGUUCGAACGGGAUUCCGAGGAGAUGGAAAAGCAUGUGGAAGAUCAUCUGAAUGCCACCUACAUGAUCUGGAGCUCCUUACCGCAGGAGCAACGUGACCAUUUGUGGCGACUGGAGCUUGCACGCGCUGUCGGCCGGAAAAAGAAGGAUAAUAAUGAGCUUAAGUUAAAAAAUCGUCUACUUCAACAGGAGAUCGCGAAGUUGCGGUUGGAAGUCGACCAGCUUCGCAACAAGGACGAGCCACGCGAGUUCAAAGUUGUUUCCCCUUCGACACUGUAUUUGGAUGAGAAGAUGCUAAGUCUGUUACUGGAGGAGGGGCUGUUGAGCGGAAAGAACGGUCUGGGCUUAAGCCUGGCUGACCGCAACGUAGACCUCUCUAACGUUGUCUCGGCUGCCAUUAAUAGAUGGAAGGAUGUCAUCGUCGCGGAGCGGACUGUCCUGGGUGGCUUACAGGCACAGAGACCACUUGUUUCCAGGGCACCAAGCCCAACACCGUCAACUGCUAGACUGGAUCAACAGUCACUGUCGCAGCCGGCCACUUCGAUGCCCACUCCUGUCGCGAGCUAUCCCCCUUCUGGGACCUCAACGGCGCUUUCACUUACGCCAACUGGGACAGCAUCCGCUUCGGCUCCGGUGCUGGCGACAACCGCCCAAGUUACAGGAGCAGCAAGUGAUGUCGAUGAAUCCAUGAGUGACCAUGAUGGUGAAGGCGACGAAGACGGUGAUGCAGAUGGCGAUGCGGACGGAGACGCCGAUGCCGAUGCAGACUCUGGUCCCGCAGGUUCGAGCGAAAAUAAUCCAGAUGCCAACCACGGAACUGGACAUGAUGUCGACGGCGAUGCUGAAGGAGAUGUUGACGGCGACGCCGAGAUGGACACAGAUCCUGAACCGGGCCCGGCUCAGGUCCCGGAUACAACACCGUCCAAUAACGCGGCAGCGAUGACAUACACACAUGCGCAUCUGCAGCCCCUCCACCAAGCAACUCCACAUCAUUCGCCGCAGCUACCCCAGACGCAACUGCAGAUCCAUCCCCAACCACAGCAUACACUGCCUCAGCAUCUUCAGCAACACCAGUCGGUGCAAGCUCAGAUCCAGCAGCAGCAGCAGCAGCUGCACCAUGCUCUCGCCAUGGCUCAGGUCUCACAACAUCAGCAGACCCAGCAACAUGAGAUAGCUGCGGCGCAUAUAGUUGGAGGAAUGGCACAUCACGGAGUUCUGCACGGCGGGAUGCCUGGGUGGGAGACGGGAUGCUGA